UAGAGAGAGAAAAUCUCACAGUUACCAAACAUCUUAAAGCCCCAAUUGGAUUUUCAGAUCACAUCAAGCUCAAGUGAACUCUCUUUCUCCCUUUCUUUAGGGUUUCAAUUUUCAAUCGACUCCUCUCAGUUUAGAUAGACUACCUACAUUUCACGCCACAACUUUUUAACUCAGAUUUAUGAAGAUUACGGACUUUUCUUAACAAUGCCCUAAAAAUUUGAUUUUCGAUUGUGAAGAAUGAUGGAUAGAUCAAGAUCUAAGAGGUACUAUUACGAUCAGGACUAUGACCACAUGGAGACUCUACCCAGAACAAAGCAGCGGUACAAUAACAACUACAGCGGCGGCCAUCAUUACGGUCCUAACAACCAUCACCAGCGACGGAACAUCGGUGGUGGCGGUGGUGGUGGAGGUGGUGGUGGUGGUAGUGGUGGAGGCCGGAAACCCCAAGAUCCUUCAUCUCUUAUGGUCACUACGAGCUACCGGAUCUUGUGUCAUGAUGCUAAAGCUGGAAGUGUGAUCGGGAAGUCCGGGAGCAUAAUCAAGGCCAUAAGGCAACAUACCGGGGCUUGGAUUAACGUCCACGAGCUGAUGCCGGGAGAUGAGGAGAGAAUCAUCGAGAUCUCUGAUACGCGGAGGAGGGAUCCUGAUGGGAGAAUGCCUUCGUUUUCCCCUGCUCAGGAAGCUCUGCUUUUGAUACAUGAGAGGAUUUUGGAGAGUGAUGGAGGUGGGUACAGUUUAGGGUACGGCGGAGGUGAUGACGAUGAGGAUAUGUAUAGCUCUCGGCUGGGUGUCAACAGGCUGGUAACAAGACUGGUUGUCUCCAGGAUGCAUGUAGGUUGUUUGCUUGGGAAAGGAGGGAAGAUUAUCGAACAAAUGAGGAUGGAAACCAAAACUCACAUUAGGGUUCUACCUAGAGACCACACAAUUCCACGAUGUGUUGAAAUGUCUGAAGAAAUUGUUCAGGUUGUUGGUGAGAUGAGCUCAGUGAAGAAUGCAGUAGAAAUUAUUUCUUCACGAUUAAGGGAGAGUCAGCAUCGUGAUCGAAGCCAUUUUCAUGGCCGGCUACAAUCACCUGACAGAUUCUUUCCUGAAGAUGAUUUUAUGCAUCAUCCAAAUAACAUGCCACGUAGGCUACCAAUGGAAGGACCUAAUAACUAUGGAUCACGUUUGCCCAACAAUGGCAGAAACUUUAAUCAUGCGUCACGUCCAUCUAGCUAUGUUAAUGAUACUGGAGCUAGUCCUCUAUCUGACAAUGCUCAAUCCCUUUAUGCAGAAGAUCUUGUAUUUCGUAUACUUUGUCCAAACAAUAAAGUUGAUAGUGUUGUAGGCCAAUCAGAUGGAUUUAUGGAAUUACUCCAGAAUGAAAUUGGUGUUGAUGUCAAAGUUGCUGAUCUUGUGGUCGGAUCAGAUGAACAAAUCAUCAUCAUCUCUUCAGAAGAGGGCCCUGAUGAUGAGCUAUUUCCUGCUCAAGAAGCUCUUUUGCACAUUCAGACACGAAUUCUUGAUCUUGUUCCUGAAAAAGACAACAUUAUCACAACGCGUCUUCUACUUUCAUCUGGUGAAAUUGGAUGUUUAGAUGGAAGAGAUGGAUUUUUAUCUGAGACAAAGAAAAUGACUGGUGCAGACAUUCAGAUUCUACCCAGGGAAAAUCUCCCACAAUUUGUAUCAGUUAAUGAUGAACUUGUACAGAUUGUUGGAGAGAUCAAGGCUGCUAGAGAAGCUCUUGUGGAGGUGACAUUGAGACUAAGGAGUUAUAUAUUUCAAGGGUUUUUUCAAAAGGAUGCAUCACAAGUUCCUCCCUUUCUUGCACCUAGCCCUGGGGGUAGUGCUUCAAACUUGGAAGCAGCUUCUAGCAAUAACACAACUCCUCGUGAAAAUUAUUCCGGAAAUGACCCUACCACUGCAUCCAACCAAAAUCUGCAAACUCUAACACUAAAGAGUACUGGUGGAUCUAACAAUGAAACUGUAAAUCAAACCGAAAGUGGAAACCGUGAAGAUACACCAUCUACAGUAAACAGAAUUGCUGUACCACUAGUUACAAGGAGUAUUCUGGAAGUUGUGAUACCAGAAUAUGCAGUUCCCAAGCUCAUAACAAAGUCAAGAAAUAAGCUUGCUCAGAUUAGUGAACUUUCGGGAGCCAAUGUGAAACUGAUUGAUACAAGUCCAGAAGCAACAGAACAUAUUAUCCAAAUAUCUGGUACCCCUGAGCAAGCUGAAAGAGCCCAAAGUUUGCUACAAGGAUUUAUUUUGAGCACCCAAGAAGACCUAUAAAACAAGGAGGGAUGAAAGUAGGUACGUGAAGGUACUUGUGUCCCUUGUAGAUGAGUUAGUUAUAUUAUAGGAUUAAGAUACGAAAUGAGCACCAUAGUAGUAAUUUGCAAGUUUUUUUUUUAUUAAUGUUUCUGAAUGAUUGUUGUGUAUGUUUGUAUUUAUGGUUAAAAAAGAUUGUGAUUGAUGUGUGAUUGGGUUCA